CAAUUAACCAACCUCCAUUGUUGAUCUCUGCAACAAACAUCAUCAACAACAACAAUGACAACACUUCACUCAUCUCUACCCCUCUUACCUUCAUCUUCAUCUUCAUCAUCAUCAUCAUCAUCACAAUCAUCUUCUUCAUCAUCAUUUUCUCUACCAAACAUGCCCUUAAUCCCACCAAAACCCAACAAAAGCCUUCUCCACAAACACCCACUCUACGCCCCAACCCAAUCCAACCUCUCUCUCCAAAUCAAAGAAAAAAUAGUCUGUCUCGAAAUCAUGGGUAUCGAUUCAGGCAAAGCCCUAGCCAAAAACCCUUCACUCCACACCACAACACUCGAUUCAAUCCAAUCAACAAUCUCUUUCCUCAGAUCUAAAGGAAUCCAACAAAAAGAUCUCAAAAAAAUCUUCGGAAUGUGCCCCAAAAUACUAACCUCAGAUAUCGCCGCCGAUCUAAUCCCAAUCUUCGAUUUCCUCGCUCAAGAUCUUCAAGUCCCUUUUCACAAUCUCCGUAAGGUCAUCAACAAGUGCCCUAGACUUCUCGCUUCCAGCGCCAGAGACCAGCUCAAACCUGCUCUGUUCUACCUCCAGAGGUUAGGGUUUAGGAAUUUGGAGUCUCUGGCUGAGAACGACGCCGUUUUACUGGUUUCGAGCGUUGAGAAGACUCUGAUUCCGAAGCUGAGAUUCUUGGAGGAGAGAUUGGAGGUUUCGAAGGAGGAAGCGGUGGGUAUGGUGGUGAGGUGUCCGAGUCUUUUCACUUUCAGUAUUGAGAAUAAUUUGAAGCCGAAAUUGGAGUAUUUGGUUGGGGAAAUGGAGAGGAAGGUGGAAGAGGUUAAGGAGUUUCCUCAGUAUUUUGCUUUUAGUUUGGAGAAGAGGAUUAAGCCUAGGCAUUUGGAGAUUGUGAAGAGAGGAUUGGGGAAAGAGAUGGGUCUGCCAUUGAUGCUUAUCUCUACUGAUCACGAGUUUACACAGUUAAUUAACCCUAACCAGUAACCAGUAACCAGUAACCAGUAACUAGUGCUCUCUCUCUCUCUCUAUAUAUAUAUUAAUAUUAAUAUUAUUAAUUGUUGUUAAUUAAAUAUCAGUGUCUUAUAACAUUAAAUAUAAAUAAAUAAUUACAUCAUAAUUAAUUUUAAAUAUUGAUUUAGAGCA